GAUAGCAGUGCUGUGAUAAGCAGAAUCCUUUUUCAUUCACCUUCGAACAGAGAAUUUGAUCUGUCCCAAGCCUUAUUCAGUUUUUUCGCCAUGGCUAAAAUGCAAGAGGGUUUCGUUAACAUCAACAAUGUGCCUACCUUAGUCACCACUUUUGGGAGAUGGAUUACGGAUCCCCCAGAAAAGAAAGAGAAUGAGGAGAUCAUCCUUUUGCUCCCUGCCAAUAAUGGAAGCACAGGUUUCUAUAGACUUUUCAUGAGAAUUUUACAUACAAAGUAUCAAUGUCCGGUGUGGAUUGUGGCAAACUCAGGUCAUGACAUUCAACCAGGGGAAGGAGCACCCAAAAAGAUACUUGGACUGAAGGAACAGACAAAUCAGAAGAUUGCUUUCUUCAAGAAGUAUAUCCCAAGCACAGCUAGAGUAUACUUGGUAGGCCAUUCCAUAGGUUGCCAUACUGCACUGGAGCUCCUUAAAGAUCCCGAUAUUGAGAGAAGGGUGUUGAAGGUCUGUUUGCUAUUUCCCUUGAUUGAAAGAUUGAAUGAAGGGCAAAAGGGGAAGAACAUGAAAAAAUUCGAAAAAUUCGAACCCAUUCUGAUAUUUUUCGCCUGGCUCUUGUACAUCCUCCCUGAAAUAAUUUCGGUUAACCUAAUGAGAGCUGCAAAAGUAGCAGAAAAGGAUAUCCCCUUCAUUUUAUCCUCUUGUAAUCCAGCGGUAUUGAAGCAGGUACUUUACGUCGCUUCCCACGAACUAUCAGAUAUAAGAAAGAGAGAUGAUGCCAUCAUCAAGAAGAAUAUAGACAAAAUAAGGAUGAUCUAUGAAAAAGAGGAUGGCUGGUUGCCGACUAAUUGUGCUGAAGACCUCAAAAGAGAUAUACCAAAAUUGAAGGUUGAGAUUUCUAAUUAUAAACACGCUUUCUAUUUCGAUACCAGUUUAGAAUUAGCAGAAAAGGUUAGCAAGUGGAUCUCCGAAGAAAAACAAAGAUACUACUGAACAAUGUCUACAAACUCAAAUUUCUCUAUCUAUCAAAAUUAAAAUCACAGAGUAGCUUUUUUAUUAAAAUACAAACUUGGCUGUUGUACUUGACUGUAAUCAUUAAUAUGGCACAAUAAAAUUGUUAUCUAUAUAUAUAAUAUAUUUUGAUGGUGACGAGGUUUGUGACUGGCUUGUAAAAUAAGAUUUAUUGUGUGAAUGCAGUCUGGUAUAUAUAAAUAUAUAUAUAAAUUCAUGAAUUUA